AUGCUUGGAGCUCGAGGACAUGAUGACGGACUUGCUCAAGAAGUUCAGCCUUUGGCAGUUGGAUCUCCUCGUCGGCCUCGACAUCUACGUCACGGGCAUGACCCCAGCCGAGGAGCAGGGCUCCGGAGGCUCAUCCAGGGAUCGGCGAUCGAGAGUUGCGCGCACUUCGAGCGCCCCGACGUUGUCGAGUGGGUGGUCAAGAGGAUGUCGGACGUGCUCAGGGACAUUUUGCACGACAGGUGCGCCACCACGGGCGGUUCCAUGAUCGCCUUCUGUGGGAGUCCUGCGGUGGGCUUGCAGGUAAGCCCAGGAGUGCAGGAGGCGAACAUGUUCGCUAGCGUGCUGCGGAUGGCUGGCUGCCGCAUGGCGUUCCAGGAGGAGUACUACGGCGUCGUGGGAGGCAAGCCGAAGGCGCUGGUGCGAAGGAGGUCUCUGUAG